UUAAGCCGGUUAUACGAUACGUGCGAUAUGUAACGUACAGGAAGGCAAUGUGUUGAUAUUUUACAAUUCAGGAUACCGUUAUCACUUAAGAACCACGAAAUGAGGGAUAUCGACAGUGUACUAAGAAACUGCGAAAAGGAAAAUGAGACACGAAUAUCAGCAGAAGAAAUGGAUGAACAACGUCAAAAGACACUUGCUUAUGAGUACUUAUGUCAUUUAGAAGAAGCUAAAAAAUGGUUGGAAGCUUGCUUAAGAGAAGAAUUACCUCCAACAACCGAACUGGAAGAAAAUUUACGUAAUGGUGUAUACUUAGCAAAACUAGGCCAUUUUAUGGAACCCAGUAUUUUACCUUUGAAUAAGAUUUAUGAUGCUGAACAGAAAAGAUACAAAGCUGCUGGUUUACAAUUUCGUCACACUGAUAAUAUAAAUCAUUUUUUGAAAUGUCUGAAAAAUAUGAAAUUGCCACUGACAUUCCAGCCUGAAACCACUGAUAUUUAUGACAAAAAGAACAUGCCCCGGGUUAUUUAUUGCAUUCAUGCUUUAAGUACUCAUUUAUUUAAACAAGGGAAGGCACCACAAAUCCAGGACUUGUAUGGAAAAGUUAAUUUUACAGAUGAAGAAAUCAACACUGUUAGCAAGGAAUUAAGAAAGUAUGGUAUCCAGAUGCCAGCGUUUCAAAAGAUUGGAGGUCUUCUAACAAAUAAUAUGGCAGGAGACACUGCAGCUUUGCAUGCUGCUGUAAUUGCUAUAAAUCAAACGCUGACAGACACGGAUUCCAAUGCAGUUUUAGUAGCACUUCUAAAUCCUGCAGCACAAUUAGAAAACGUUUACAGCCCAUAUCUUCAAUACUAUUGCGAUGCUUUGACACAUGCAAAGGAUGUCAAAGUACAAGCCACUCUUAAUAAAUCCCUCAAUGAGAGCUAUGUGCCAGAUGCUUAUGAUGAAUUGUUAACACAAGCAGAGAUCCAGGGUCACAUCAACAAUAUAAAUGUUCUACAAUCAUGGGAAGCGGUUUGUAGAUCAGUAAAACUGGGAACAAACGAGUUAAUAAAUUCAUUACGUUUACGUCCACUUCAACUUGAACGAAUUGAAUAUGAUAAUGCAGAAUUCUACAAGCAAGAACUAAUACCCUUGAUUGAAAAUAUUGAAAGGGAAAAUAACUCUUCGAAGAAUAAUCAGUACUGCCAAAAAUUAUUACAAAAUGCAAUUGACAGUGGUAAUAAAGCUGGCAGCAUGUCGCAAAAACGCGAAAAGGAUAUGAAACUUAUAAAUUCAGUAUUGCAAAAUGAAAACCUGAAUGACUUUUAUAAAGCUGUAUCAAGUACGGACCUUGUUUUGAAUGAUCACUUCGACGAAUUCGCAAUUCCUCUGUAUUAUGAAGAAAUGAAAAUUGAUCGCAUGGAAUCUCAGAAAGACAUCUCAUACAGUGAUAUAUCUGUUAGUAUUCGUGUAUUGUCCACAAUUGCCGCAAUAACAAAAGCUGUGGACACAGGAAAUCCUGAAUUGGUUUAUCAAGCCCUAAUAAAUCCUGAAACCCACGUUACUAAUUUAGAAGAAGAAAAUAAAAUGAAGUAUUGUAGAGCAUUAACUGCCGUUCGUCGUGAGAAGCAAUCUCUCGGCAAUGAAUGUCCUUUAUUAACGUACAUUGAUAUUCAAGAAACUAUUGAUAUCGUCAAUCAAGAAUGCCAAGAUAAUGAUGGAGUUAUACAGGCACUGCGAAAAUUAAAUUUGGCUGUUAUGGAGAAUAAUCGGUUAAAUAUCGUGGAAAUAUUGAAAGAUCCAUCUUUGAAGUUGUGUGAUCCUAUAUCAUCAGUAGAUGCAUCACUCUAUUUGAAACUAUUUAAAAAUUGUCUUACCGAAAAUCAUUCAGACGGAUCAGAACUCUGGCUAGAAGAUGUUGAGGGUGUAACACAAACAGUAGCUCAUGAGUCUACCGAAGUACAGGCUGCUUGCACCUUCUUGACACACAUUAACUUUGGACUUCAACGAAACGACUUAUUGUUCAUCAUAGAUUGCUUGCAAGCAAAUGGCUUUGAGAUAUCUAAGAAACAUAAUGAGAAAUGUUUUGAAGCAUUAAAAUCUUUAAAAUCUCUAAAGGAAAACAAAUAUUGCUGCCCUAUUUUCCGUUAUGUCACCUCGGAAGGCAAUGAAGCAUAUCUUGAUCUCAAGAAUUACAGUUAUACAUGGGAUAAGCCAAAAUACGUUUCGGACACCUACUAUAUUACCAAAGAAGACAUUACGGAAGUUAUAAAAAAUGCAACUAGUGAAGAAUUGCAAAUGGGUCCAAAGAAAAUCGACGAAAAAACAAUCAUAUCGUUUCAAGCACGCAUUCGAGGGUAUCUUCUUCGCAAACAAAUUUCAGACAGAUUCUCACAUUUUCAUGAUAACAUUGACAAAAUUGUACAAAUUCAAACGUGGUGGCGAUCAAUUGUUCAACGGAGAUUAUAUGUAAAUAUGCUCGCCGAGCGACGGAAAAUAAAUAGUCUGACAGAAAAUGAUUUUAUCGAAGAUAAAACCAAAUUUCACCAUAGUGUUGACAGAUACAAGGAACACGAAGAAGCAAUUGUAAAAAUACAGGCAUUAUGGCGCGGAAGAGUAGCAAGAAAAGCUUUCCAUUCCCUCUUACGAUUAGAUAAACCUCCAUUCUCAGUGGUUAGACAUUUUUCAGCAAUAUUAAAUUUUAAUGCCGAAGACUAUGACAAAGAUCUUCAGCUGCAACAACUUAAAAGUGAAGUAGUUCAAACAAUCAGACAUAAUCAAAAUCUUUCACAACAAUUAGACAAUAUGGAUAUAAAAAUUGGUCUCCUCAUUCAGAACAGAAUUACUCUACAGGAUGUAGUAGUACAUGGUAAAAAUUUAGAGUCACUGGCAAAAGAUAAAAGCACAACCAGAGCAAGGAAAAAUUCUGUGGUAGACAGCUCGGUUCAUAAAGGGUUGAAAUCGUUAACCAAAGAAGGACGAAAAAUGCUUGAAGGUUAUCAACAUCUGUUUUACACAUUGCAAACUAAUCCAAAGUACUUGUCGAAAUUGUUGUUUCUCUUGCCACAAAGUAAAACGAAUAAGUUUCUGCAAGACGUUAUUCUAACUUUAUUUAAUUUCGGGUCAAAUAUGAGAGAAGAGUAUUUAUUAUUGAAAUUAUUCAAAAGUGCCUUACAAGAAGAGAUCAGGUGUAAAUUCCAAAAACCAUCAGAAGUCGUAACAGGAAACCCUCUUGUUUUAAAAAUGGUCGUAAAUUAUGCAAGACAAUUAAAUGGCCAAAAGGCAUUACGACAAAUUGUCGGACCUAUAAUUGAACAGGUUUUGGCUGAUAAAAGUAUCAACAUUGAAACUAAUCCUGUGGAUAUAUAUAAAUGUUGGAGGAACCAACUAGAAAUGGAAACAGGAGAAACACUGGACCUUCCAUACACUGUAAAUCAACAGCAAGCUUUAAAUUAUGAACAAGUGCGAAAGAGAUUGCGUAACGGCAUACAAUUACUUCAACGCACAGUACUGAUCUUUUUAUCAAGAAUAUCAGAAUCUCGAGAUUUGAUACCGUAUGGUAUGCUAUACAUGGCAAAGGUCUUAAAUGACACAUUAACUGAAAAAUUUCCAAAUGCUCCUGAAAAGGAUAUAUUAAAAGUUGUCGGCAAUUUGAUUUACUAUCACUUCAUUAAUGCAGCUAUUGUUGCUCCUGAUGCAUUUGAUAUUAUAACAUUACCAAUCGACAAAUCACUAUCAAACGAUCAAAGAAGAAAUCUGGCGAGCAUUGCGAAAAUCCUGCAAUUUGCAGCAUCAAAAAAAGGCUUUGGCGAAGAAGCUACACAUUUAGUAUGCUUAAAUCCUUUCAUCAUCGAAUGUCAUGAAAAAUUUAAGAAAUUCUUCCGUUAUUGUUGCCAAAUAGAGGAUUUGGAUGAUCACUUUAGUAUGCACGAAUAUACCGAAGCAACCCUAAUACACAAACCAGAAAUUUAUAUUUCAUUACAAGAAAUUUGUGAUACUCAUUCCCUAUUGCUGGAAUAUCAAGAUAGAAUAGCAACUGAUCCAUUAGAUCCAUUACACGAACUAUUAGAGGAUCUGCAAUGUGCUCCAACAGUAGCUUCGUUAAUGGGAAUAAAUGAUGGAAUAUGCGAAUCUAACGCUGUUCGCUUGGGAAAAACUGAAGUGUGUUUAAUUCUCACCAAUAAAUUCGAAGUACCAGAAAAUGAUGAUACAAAUUUGUAUAAACUCUUUAUAAAGACUAAAGAGUUAUUGGUAUCGGUUCUUCAAUUUUUAAAGGGUGACACGCUAGUAACCGCUUUAGAAGCUACUUCUUCUCCAAUUCAAGAAAAAUUAUACGACGUGAAAUACUCUUCAAUGACGACUGCCUUAAACCUGAUACACAAAAGUUCUUCGUUAAAUGACUGCAAACUGCAGCUGCGUGCAUAUUUAAAGAAAUUAGAAGCAGGAGGUUGGGUAUCACAAGACGAUGGGUAUCAGAAUAUCAUAACGGCUGUAGCCAGAGAUCUGUGUAACAAAGGAAAAUAUCGAAUAGUUCGAAAUAAAGAACUACAGGCAUUGCGAGCGACCAAGCAACGUCUAGAGGAAAAGGUCAAAUACUAUCAAGAACAGGUGCAAUUUUAUAAUAAAUACAUCCAACGAUGUCUUGAAAAUCUACAUGCUGGGAAAGGUUCUCUUCAUGCAAUUAAAAUGACGCAGAAAAAUAGUCACGGAAAAUUGAAAUCAAAAAUGACGCUGAAAUAUUCAGCUGCAAAACUGCAUGAGAAGGGAAUAUUAUUAGAAAUCGAUGGACUUCCUCAGUCGCAAUUCAAGAAUGUCAGUUUUGAAAUAAGCCCUACAGAGCAUAACGGUAUCUUUAUUAUAAGAGGAAAAUUCAUGGGUGUUGAAAUGGAAAAGUUGGAUGUCGAUAUCCAGAACUUACUUGAGAUGCAGUUUGAAGGCUCGCCAAUAAUGGAUAUGUUCGGAAAAGCGAAGAUUAACGUUAACUUAUUACUGUAUCUGUUAAACCGUAAAUUUUAUGGGAAACACUAAAUUUCUAACAUUUUGCGCUAUCAAAAGCGUCUUUGGAAAAAAUGAUUUAUAAACAGGAAAUGCAAUCUAAGUACUCGUGCAUAGUAUUCACCCGCAUUAACGAUUCUUAGUUUUUAACACGACUUGCCAACUUCGCUUUUCUUGAAUUUAAUAUGAAGUGAGGAUAGAAAAAUAAUGAAAUGACUGUAAAUAUUUAUACCUCUAGGAAUAUGCAAUGUAUCGAUAACCUGAUAUCUUUAUAAUUUAACUAGUUAAUAUACUUACUUGUAUGACGAGACAUACAUGAGAUAUACAAAUAUGUACCGAAAA